UUAGAUUCAGGAUUUCAAAAUAUGGGUUUCCCUGAAAUCCUCUUGUUUCUUCUCUUCUUCAUCUUUCCCAGUUUACACGCACAAAAGCAAUGCCCAAUCUCCAUGUGUGGCAACAGAUACAUCCCUGUUCGAUUCCCUUUCCGGCUAAAAUCUCAGCAGCCUCGAAGAAACUGUGGCUACCCUGGUUUCGACCUGAGUUGCAAUAAGGAGAACAGAACAGUUCUAAAACUCCCUGUUUCUGGGGAGUUUUAUGUUCGACAGAUCAACUACAUAACUCAAGAAGUGCUUCUCUAUGAUCCUCUUAAUUGUCUUCCUCGUCGUCUUCUUAGCUUCAAUCUUUCAGGGUCUCCUUUCGUUUCGGCUUUUUAUCAGAACUACACCUUCCUCAGUUGCCCAUCUUCCUACACCAAGUCUCGAUUCACUCCCAUAGAUUGUCUUAGCAACUCAACUCAUUCUGUUUUAGUCACUUCAUCAAUGGCUCUGGCCAGACAAAUAUCGGCUGAGUCGUGUAAGAUUAUAAAAAAUUUAACAGUUCCGGUUUCGAGGCCGGUUCCGUUCAAUGAAGGAUUCUCGAACAGCCUUGAAAAUGAUAUCCAUUUGACAUGGUAUGUCCCUGAUUGUAGUAUUUGUGAAAUACAAGGAGGCAUCUGUGGUUUCAAGAGUAACACCAGCCAAGAAAUCGGCUGCUUCUUCAAUCGUGAAAAUGGUCGAUCAAACGAUGGUCUUCAAAUAUUCAGAAUCAUUUGCUUGGCCAUUGCAGUGCCAGCCAUGACCUGCGCAAUUGGGAUUGCCUGUUUCGCUUGCUUUAUAGACAGGUCUCAUAGAGCCCAUGCACUACGAAGAACAACAGCAGUUGCGGCGGCACCAGAUGGUCCGGAUCACACCGUUAUCAUGAUGGGUCUGGAUGACACCACCAUUGAAUCAUAUGAAAAGGUUGUUCUUGGUGAGAGCCGGCGAGUACCUGGACGAAACGACAUCACUUGUCCUAUAUGCUUAUCUGAAUAUUGCAGCAAAGAGACGCUGAGAUGUAUACCAGAGUGCAAACACUGCUUUCAUGCUGAGUGCAUUGACGAAUGGCUUCGCUUGAAUGGUACUUGUCCAGUCUGCAGAAACACUCCAUCUCCAUCCCCAUCCCCUGCUCAUGCUAACUCGGAUCAUACUAACUCAGACACAGUCUGAUAAAGCAUUACUUUUUGUUUCAUUUCCAAUUACAUUUAGGUGUUCUUUUUUACUGUACAUUUGUAUUUUAAACCUUUUUUUUUCCCC